UAUUAUUUCGCCAUGCCUCACUUUCCUGUUUACCCCUCAGGGAGCUCAGAGUCCGGGCAACGGAUUCUUCCCACCCCGGGCAGAAGUACCGGUGAAUCGCAUCUUGGAAUAUGCAUCAUAACGUCCGAAGCAAGACCAGGAAGCGGAGCAGGCGAGGAUGCAUUCGCUGCAGAGCAAGUCAUCACAAGUGUGACGAGCAACAGCCUCGCUGCGGUCGAUGUCAGCGACUGAAUCUAGAGUGUGAGCCAACCGACUUUAUCGUCCCGUCCAACUGGUGCCCCUCGACCCUCAAAGCCGCAGCCGCGGAGAGUGGUGGCCCCGCAUCAGCCUGGGAUGUGAUCGACGAUGCAGCCGUGGCAUCCUCAAGGCAACCAGAAUCAGCCUCCCCCGUACCACCAGCUCUAGAUUCCGAAAAGGUCUCGCUGGUCCAAGCAUACCAAAAUGGCAUCGCAAAAUGGAUGGACCUAUUCGACGACGAAUCGAACUUCCAACGAGCGGUCGUAAAACGCGCCGUCGAGUCUCCAUUAUUGAUGAAUGCAAUUUGUGCUUUGAUCGCUCGACAGGUCGGCAUAGCCGACCGAGAGGAGAUCUGGAGGGCCACUGCCGCCCGAUACUACGGGGAAAGUCUCCAACAGCUGAUUGCCGCGUUGGAACUUCCAACGUCGUAUCCGGAAGAUAACCUUGCAGCGACGGUUCUGUUGAGUAGUUACGAACUCCUCGCUCUCCCAGGACUGGACCACCAGCGUCAUGUGUCUGGCGCUUUGACUCUCAUCCGAACUCAUGCAUGCGGAGCCACUUCAACCGGCAUCACGGGGGCAGCGUUCUGGAUCUAUGCCCGUCAGGACGUCGCCAUGGCGUUGGUGCAUGAGUGUCCCACGAUGCUUCCGCCCGAGGAAUGGGGUGUUUCGUGGGAUGAACACGAAACGAAAGAGGGUCGGCUGGGAAAUCAAAUGGUAUGGUUAUUGGCUAAGACGGUAGCACAUACAUUUCGAAAAGGAUGCGUGCUAUCUGUCAGGUCACUUGCCGACAACAGAGCCUGCUUGGAACGUGAACUGGAUGCCUGGUUCGAGAGCUUGCCUGGCGCGUUCUACGGUAUACCAUACGAGCGCCCUUCACCAGAGGGCUUCCUCCUGCUCUGGUUUGCUGUUCCUUCGACAGCUGCAGCGAUGUGUAUGUAUCACCUAGCGCACCUCCUGCUGCUCACAGAAGGCUGCAACUUGCAUUUGUCUACAGAUUGGAGAUCGAAGUCCAAAAUUCUUGAGCACGCGCAAUCGAUCGCUAGCAUAGCACUAUCACCGAUCUCCGACGCUGCCUUGGUGCAGGCAGUACAGCCACUUUUCUAUGGUGAGUUGUCUCUCUGCGCACUUCUUGUGGUACAUCCUCAUUCAUCGAAAGCUGCAAAACACAUCGACUCCGUUGCAAAAAAGGCCAAGAUAUGGGCACUAUUAGAUCGAAUCGAAAGUCAACUCGGGUUUUACACGAGCGACCGGAUCCAAAAAUUACAGCAACAGGUGAAAUUGUCUUAAGAACCAGAUACGAUCAUAUCACAUUCAUCUCGUGCCAAUUUGAGAUUUAGCACGAAUUGGGUUCAUAGGA